AGGGCUGGGUAGGAGAGAGAGAGUGGGCGGGCAUCUUUGUUAAGGGCAGAAGCCCUUGAUUACGGAGCGCGAGAGAGUCCAAGAUAGUCUCCUAGGCUCCCGCGUAGGAGAGGGCUCUUGGUAUUGGGCGGAGACCGAGCUACGACGGGCGUUGCGAGGUGCGGGGGAAGCGGGGAUCCUUAGGUUUGUUUCCAACUCGCUGCUGCAUGGCCCAAGCGUCUCGCUUUGGUGGCGUUCUGCCCCCGCUGUGGGUGCGACCCGGGGGCACUGGGGAGGAGCAAUGGGAGGGAAGGCGGAUGGGCCCUUUCCCCGGAGAGGGUCGUGGCCGGCAGGGGCCGCCGUUUGCCGGGAGCGUCCCCUGCCUGGACCUCCGGCCCGGCGGAGCUCCGGGAGAGCCGCUGCGAUGGCCCACGUUAGCAAACGCGGGCGAGGACCAGGAGACUGGCGAGGCGGACUGGAGGCGGGAGCCUGCAGCCGGCAGCCCGAUCCUUCCCGCGCUGCAGCGUCUCCGGCAGGUGCUGCUGCGGCUGCUCCGCGAGCGGGAGCAGCUGCUUCACGCCCGGGACUGCGCCCGGCACCUACAGGCAGUAGUGCGGCUCCUGAGGACCCCGAGCCCCAGCACGCCCACCGACGGUCCAGGGUCUUUGCCACAGCUGUGUCGCGAUUUACAGCCACAUACCUCGAGAGAAGCCGUCGUGCGAAUCCGCCAUCGGAGCCCAGUGGAGCCGCUACUUCUAGCGCGGCCCAUCGGACUAGCAGCCCAGCGCUUGGAUGCUGUCAUCGAGAUGCAGCUUCGCACUCUGGGCCGGGCUCCCGCCAGUCUAAGCCUGACGUCUCAACUCGCAGAGCUGCUGCUAUCCCUUCCUGUCUACCACAGGCUGCAGGGAAAAGCCACGAGCUACCUCCCAGGGGCAGCACGCCCUUUCCACCCGGCCCGUGUGCUUAGUCUCCUAACCGGCGAACGGGGUUGCCAGGUGGCAAGUUGGCUGGAUGAGGCAUUCAGGGGAUUGUGCUUGCGAGACCAGCUCCGCAGGCGGUGUCAGGAGGAGCGCGAGCUGCUACCUGGGUUGCUGGGCCUAGUGGGGGGCGCGGCCGGUUCAGUCAGCAGUGGGCUGGGGCUUGAAGGAGCUGGAGCCCUUUGGAGCCAAUAUUGGACGCUUCUGUGGGCAGCUUGCGCACGGAGUCUGGACCUAAACCUGGGACCCUGGAGGGAACACAGGGCAGUGGUACAACAACUGAGUGAGGCACUGGUUCAGGAAUCGCUGCCUCAGGAGUGUGUGAAGGAGCUAGCUUCUUUGUGCCACAACCUACUUCAUCAGUCUCUUGUCCGAAGCUGGGACCAAGGUUUCUGCCAGGCCUUGGCAUCAGCAGCCCGUCAAGGUCAGAGCAGCCCUGCCUCGCACUCUCGUACUGCUGAGCUGUUGCAGCAGCUUUUUGCUCCACUCUUAGACACCUUCCAAGAAUGCAGAUCAGGAUUGAUUCUCUGUCAGCCACCAGGUCCAGCACCUGUUGCCCUAGGGCUCUGUACCCUGCAGAUUACAUUGCUCUGGUUCUUGGGCAGAACUCAGCAGCACCUGGCAGCAUGGGCUCCAGAUUUCUUCCUGCCUCUGAUCCAGAAGCACUUACCUCCUCUAUUGCAUGAAGCAGAAGCGUUAGCCCGUCUGACUUCAGAGGAAAACUUCACUGUGGAAGUGGAGCAGCAGCUAGGCCAGGAGAUCCAGAAGCUGACUGCACAGAUGCAGCUCCUGCCUGAAGAGUCACUAAGGCUUUUUUUCCAAGGAUGUCAAAAACAAGCCACACAGGGCUUCAAGCUUUACAUGCCACAGGGUCGGUACUGGAGGCUUCAUCUCUGUCCUGAAGUUCCCCGAGUUCCUAGUGAGUAUGCUAGGCUGGUGGUUCGCACUGUACUGGAGCCUGUGUUGCAAGGAGUGCAGGGUCUGCCACUCCAAGCCCAGGCCCUCGCCCUCAGUCAGGCGCUGACAGCCAUCCUGGGUGCCUGGCUCAGUCACAUCCUUACCCAAAGGAUCCGGUUCAGCCUGCAGGGGGCGCUGCAGCUCAGACAAGACUUUGGAGUGGUCAGGGAGUUGCUGGAAGAAGAGCAGUGGGACCUGUCCCCCGAGCUUCGCCAGACUCUACUCACCCUCAGCAUCUUCCAGCAGCUGGAUGGGGCCUUGCUGUGUCUACUGCAGCAGCCCCGGCCCAAGACUCGAGUCCACAGGAAGUACUCUUGUUGUUGUGUUUGUAAUGAGGUCCAGACCAUGGGAUUGGCCGGCAGCAGCCUCAAUAGCCUGGAGAACUUGGAGUCUUCUCUACAGCCUGGAGGGCCCUCAGCCCAGACAACCCAGUUUCAGAGCACUCUGGGGGUUGGGAGACCUAGUCUUGAAGCUUACUUGGUAGGAAAUCAGCAGGCCUGGCUUGCCCUCAGGCAACACCAGGGCUCCCGCUGGUGCCUGCCUUUUCUUUCCUGCCUGGGGAGGAGUCCUGAAUCUUAAGGGGAGAGGACGAAGAGGACUGGAAAACCACAGACAUUGUUAUUUCAAGAAGCCUAGGCCUGAGAGCUUAGAAAAGAGUAUACAUAAACUACAUAGAACCUGGAAUUAGCAGCGAACAGUCCAAGGUUACUCUAGUGCCUCUAAUCCCCAUGAAGAGCAAAAUCACUGCCUGCAACGUGGAGGUCAGCAACCUGUGGGGCCCAGGCUUAGUUCCCUCUUCUGAAGAAAUCUCAGGGCUAGAGGGUUAGAUCUCAGGAGAAAGGAAAAAAAAAAAACAAUAUAAAAGAAGCUAGAUGGUACUUCCUCAUAAAUCCCAGGAACCGGGCUAAAAUAGUUUAUUCUUGGAGAACCACAGAGGGAAUAAGCACGUGGAUCACUCCCAAGGAAUGCCUGAUCCUGUGUUUCCUCUCCAUGACUAUUUUUAGUCAUCUAAGAAUAUUGGGCUAUGGGACCUUCUGUUUAAGCUUUGGUUAUUUGGUUACCUGAAUGGAAUUUACCUCCUGGCAGGCAGAUAAGCACUGCUACGGUAGUGUCAUCUUUGAAGGAGCUAGAAUUUAAACUGGCCUUAACCUAGAUGUGGCACAACAAAA